UAACAUUUGCUCUAGCGGUCGUUCUUUUUAAUGUUUUUUACCAAUUAUUAUUAUGUAUGAAUAUGUAAUGCAAUAAUAAGUUGUUACAUAGGUACAACAUAAUAAUUUGCACUUCUUUGCAACUUCAAAGUUAAUAACUAUUACUGAAAUGCUAUAUUAAUACAAUGCCUGAACAACAAGACAGUAUUAACUUGCUGAAUUAGAAAAAUAUAUAUCAAUAAUUAUACUUUAAUUAGGUAUUCAAUUUUUGUUGCUUAUUUCUAGUCAAAAUAGUAUGCCACCAAAAUUAAGUAACAUUAAAAAGGCAAAUAUGAAACGCAAGGCUGUUAAAAAUAAAACUAAUGAGGAGAUUGGAAGUACUGAAACCUGGUUAAUGUCUUUUGAUGCUCCAUUUAAAAUUAUUUUGUCAGCAAGGUUUUUUGCUGCAUUUCUAGUUCAUAUUACAGAUUGUGAUGAAACAUUUAAUUAUUGGGAACCUACACAUUAUUUUAUGUUCAAAAGUGGAUUCCAAACAUGGGAAUAUUCCCCGACAUAUGCAUUAAGAUCUUAUUUAUACAUACUCAUGCAUGCAGUUCCUGUAUAUUUAUAUCAAUCAAUUUUUAGUACAAGAAAAUUAAUGUUAUUUUACAUGGUUCGUUGUAUGCUUGCUUUGAUUUGUUCGUUUUGUGAAAUUUAUUUUUAUAGAGUCUUACACCAGAAGUUUGGUUCGUAUCUUGCGAAAUACUAUUUGAUUAUUUCUGUGUUUAGCCCUGGAAUGUUUAUUGCAUCUGCUGCAUAUUUACCUUCAAGUUUUUCUAUGUACAUGACAUUUUUAUCUAUUGGUGCUUGGUAUAGUGACAAUUUCGAGUUUGCUAUUUUUACAACUGCCAUUUCUACAUUUCUGAGCUGGCCAUUUUCUGGUCUUAUUGGGUUUCCAUUGGCAUGUGAUAUCGUUUUGAGGCAAAAAAAAUAUGGUUUAUUUAUUAAAUGGUGCCUGAUAUCUUUAGCAUCAAUUUUGACUUACCAAAUUGCUAUAGACUCAUAUUUAUAUGGUAAAGUUGUAAUAGCACCUUUUAACAUCGUAUUUUAUAAUAUAUUCACCAGUCAUGGACCAGAUAUUUACGGCACUGAACAUUGGAGUUUUUAUAUAUAUAAUGGAAUUUUGAAUUUUAACGUUGCUUUUAUACUUGUAAUAAUUGCCCCGUUUUUAGUAAUAUUGAAUAAGAUUCUUAGUAUAACAGGAUGCAGAGUUUUAAAACAAUAUAAGAAUAAUAAACAAAUCAAUAAAUGGAUUUUGUAUUUAUCCCCACUUUAUUUAUGGAUGACAAUAUUUAUAGUACAACCUCAUAAGGAAGAACGAUUUCUGUUUCCAGUUUACCCUUUAAUAUCACUUGCAUCUGCGGUAAUAUUGCAAUAUACUAUAUCUUUACUGUUGCAUGUAUUUAACUUGUAUGUGUUAAAUUGCUCAAAUGUGUUAGGCAAGUUGAAGAUACUUGGCUAUACAUGUUUUUUUGUUUUCUUCAUAUUAACGGGAUUGUCGAGAAGUGCUCUUUUGAUAAAAGCAUAUCAUGCGCCUCUUGAUAUAUACAAAGAAUUGAGCAAUGAAUCUUUAAUAUUACCUAAAUCGGAUGUAAUUAAUGUGUGUGUUGGUAAAGAAUGGCAUAGAUACCCAUCAUCCUUUUUUCUGCCGGACUACAGAUGGAAGAUGCAUUUUAUAAGAUCAGAGUUUCGAGGACUUCUACCUGGUAGGUUUCACAAUGAUUCUAUGUCGAAAGUCAAGGAGAAUUACAACGAUCAAAACAAAGAAGAACCCGAUAAAUAUAGUGAUAUCAGGUUAUGCCACUUUAUGAUAGACUUGGAUAACGAUCAAAGUUCAGACUUAGAACCAAAUUAUUCUAAAGAAUCGGAAUGGAUUAUUGUGAAGUCAUUACCUUUUUUGAACCAUCAAAAGACACCACUUUUGUUCAGAGUGUUUUACAUUCCAUUUUUUUGGGAAGACAAAGCACAUUUCUCAUCGUACAAUUUGUUAAUGAGAAAAUCAAAAGAAAAUGCCAAUUCUCAAUCAACAAAAAGCUCACCAAUAUAUUACGCGUUCUAGGCGUGACAAGAUUUGUCCACAUAUUUGGUGCAAAACGGUCUGCACACAAACAAUUUUAUAUGCAAAUAGAUGUCAUCGUGCCAUAUUUGUCAACACUGUCAAACAUUUCCAAAUUGAUCUUCAAUGUUAGAUUUCUCAUACCUAGUCGUUUGGUUAAAGUAGAUUUAUGUUAUUUAUUAUUUAUAUAAAGUAUAAUAUACUAUUAUUAUUACUUAAGUGAUUUUACACACUGCCGUGAAAAGUUGUUCAAAUAAAUGUUUU